UUAUUCAUGUCUUUGUGAGCCGAACCCAAGCUAGGAUUUGGCUGCCAUGUUAAAUCAAGGCAUGUGAAUGUUGGAAGAAACUAAUGUCUUCGCAUGACUAGCAUAAACAUAAGAAACUGGGGAUUAAAAAGAUAGGAAAAGGCUGCAGACUUCUAUCAUUACCAUUACGGGUUUAAAUGAGAAUGAGCAGCAAAACAACAACAAGGAAACUCGUUUUGUCCGAAUUCAAGAUGGCUGGAGGCGAUCUCUGCCUCCCACUUCCUUAUGCAGUUUGAUCACCUGACGAGUUUGGCCCUGCCCUUUUUCUUUAGCUCUGUAGCAUAUCACGUGUUCUUUGGGUUGCCCUGUCUUGAGUGGCCACGUGGGUGCUUUGCGGAUGGGAAUUUUGUAUCCAACAUGUCUGAAAAGAAAUCCUCAGGAGGACAGCAGCUGUUGCUGAUCAUUGCUGUGGCCUUCACGCACUUAGCUGUCUGCCCGUUUACAAAAGUAGAAGAGAGUUUUAAUCUUCAAGCCAUCCACGACAUUGUGUACCACAAUCUGGACUUGGAAAAGUAUGAUCAUCAUGAAUUUCCUGGCGUUGUCCCAAGAUCGUUCCUUGGUCCAUGUUUUGUUGCUGUACUUUCCACCCCGGCCGUACAUGUGCUGUCUCUGUUGCAAAUGUCUAAGUUUUACUCCCAGCUGAUAGUCCGAGGAAGCCUGGGGUUGUGCGUGAUUUAUGCCUUGUGGCGGUUGCACAAAGAAGUGAGAAAGCAGUUUGGUUCUACUGUCUCCAUGAUUUUUUGUCUGAUAACUGCUACUCAGUUCCAUCUGAUGUUUUACUGCACCCGAACACUCCCCAAUGUGUUUGCACUUCCAAUUGUUUUACUGGCAGUUACAUCUUGGAUACAGCAAAAGCACCGUUCUUUUAUCUGGCUCUCGGCUUUCGCAAUUAUCAUCUUCAGAUCUGAGCUCUGUAUCUUCCUGGGUCUUAUGCUUCUGGUAACCCUAUUUAAUAAAAGGCUCUCGAUUGUGAAAAUGCUUUCCUAUGCUGUUCCUGCAGGGGCUUUUUGGUUAGGACUCACAGUAGCCUUGGAUUCUGUGUUUUGGAGGCAGCUUCUGUGGCCUGAGGGGAAAGUACUUUGGUAUAACACAGUUUUAAAUAAAAGUUCCAACUGGGGAACCUCUCCGUUCUUGUGGUAUUUUUAUUCGGCCUUGCCUCGUGCCCUUGGAUGUAGUAUUAUAUUUAUUCCACUAGGUGCAGUAGAGAAAAGGACCCGAGUAUUAAUUCUACCCACGCUUGGUUUUAUUUUCUUGUAUUCAUUUCUCCCACACAAAGAACUGCGGUUUAUUAUAUACACUUUUCCAAUCUUCAAUAUCGUGGCUGCCAAAGGCUGCUCACGAAUUCUGAACAAUUACAAGAAAUCUUGGCUAUAUAAGGUUGGAUCUCUUCUUGUUGUUGCACACCUUCUAGCUAACGCUGUUUACUCAGGAGUCUCGCUCUAUGUUUCACACUUCAAUUAUCCUGGAGGAGUUGCCAUGCAGAAACUACACCAGUUAGUGCCUCCAACAGCAGAUGUUUCCAUCCAUAUCGAUGCAGCUGCAGCACAGACUGGAGUGUCUCGAUUUUUAGAAGUCAAUGUGGAUUGGAAGUAUGACAAACGGGAAGACCUGAAACCGGGUGACCCGCUCAUGUUUUCAUACACGCAUAUACUUAUGGAGAUGGAACCUGUUCAGACGUUGCAUUAUAAGAAGACUCACAGAGUACUGGCACACAUACAUGGCACCAGUGGGAUUGGAUUGAAUUUUACUGCACUACCUCCCAUUACUUUAAACUUGAAAUCCAAACUAGUAUUGUUGGAAAAGCUUCCCACAUCUUCCAGAACAUAAUUGUUUAACAGCCUUCAAGUACGCUUGUUGGUGAAAUGUUGUUGCACUAAUUCAAAACCAGAAUGCUGUGUCUGUGGAAGAGCAAGAGAACCCUGUCCCCCCCCCUUUUUUUUUGUAUGAGAGGAUUGCUUGCAUACAAAUACAUGCACAUAGUACCAGCUGUAGAUAUUUCCAUGCAAUUAAAAGUCUGCUAAAAAAAACCUCAUGCCAACAGUUGGGUAUCAUGUGUUUCACAAAGAUGUAAUGUACUGUUUAAAGUUAUGUAGUAAGAGACAUCUAGCAAAUUUGAAAUGAUUUUAUGUAAUUCAAUGCAUGUGUAUGUGAGAGAGAUUGAAGGGGUUACUACUGUGUUUCCCCCACUGAUGACUAGGUAAAACUUAUUGUUACGGUUUACAGCAUGUAAAAUUUAAAUUCAUUCUGGGAUUCUUCAUGCAAUCUGAUUGGCUUCACACUGUGGGAAAGUAGGAUUGCAGCUACCCAUCAAAAGUGCUUAUUCUUCUGGGUAUAGACAUGUAGAGUUGUCACUUUUGAACAGCAUCUAUGUGCAAGAAAUACAACAAGAGGCCCAAACUACAUCAUAUACCUUGUAUAACAAAAUUUGGGAGUUGAAAGGCACUAUUCAAACAUGAGAGCCACAUGUGUACAUGUGGUGGGCCUGAAUACAGGACUGUUGAGUUCUGCGUGGACGCAAGCCCUGUGUCCCACUGCUGGCAUGAUUUUUGAACCGGGUCACAGGUCAAGAAUGAUUUGGCCUUGAUAAUGUUUUAAGCAUUGUAAUCCAUUUUAGGAGUUCUGGCUGCAGAAUGCAAAGCCUCUUUAAUUGGGCUGAUCUUUUAAUAAAUAUUUUCUUAUUUUAA